UGCUCAGUUGCAGCUGAUAGCUCGAAGGACGUGCACGGUUUGGCGGAUAAUGGAAACAGUAGAGCAAGUCAGCCAAUUAAAGAGGCAGUUGUGAGUUGUGUAAGCCAGCAAAGGAAUCUACUUGGUGAGGACGGUGUGAUAAGAGGAGUUGUGUGCGCGUCCGCCCAUCCGGCUAGUGAGUUCGUGUGAGUGUAUGAGGAGAGCGCAAGCAGUCAGUGCGGGAAAUAUAAGAGAGCGCAUACACGUUGUGAGUGCAUUGCUUCGUGGUGUUGAGGUAGAUAGCGGUGUUGGUUUGGGUGUUGCUGCCAGUGUCGAUGUUUAAUGUCGGUGGAAGCUGUUGGACGACACAGGCGACUUCGUAAAUGUCAAGUGUAAUGCCACAAUCGCAAUUGCUUGCGCCUAUCAAACAGCAGUAACAGCAACAACGUUAGCGACAAACAGUUGGCGGAGAGUGUGAGUUGUGAAUGAACGAGCGCGCGGAAAACGGAAACGGAAAGAGCCAAAGCAACGGCGAAAUACAUACAUACAUAUAUAAGCAAAGAGAAUGUGUGUGCUAAAAAUGUACCGCGCGACUUUCGCAAAGCAUUCGCCGUCGUGAACGCUGCUGCAAUUCAUUGCACUGAAUAAGUUCGAGUGCUGAGUGAGCAACAAAAAAAUCGCAAUCGAAUUGCAUUGAAAGGCGAGUGGUAAUUAAAAAUUUCACGUUACUUUAAAGGAGUUCGUCGCUUUAAUCAGUGUUCGAAUGACAAGCGAUGCGGAAAGAUCAAGUCGGUGAAAAUCGGUAAAUAAUUGUAAAUGUGCAGUGAUGUGAGCAAAAUACAUACACACUUACACAUCUGGUAUGUUUAUAAGCUUUGCGCACUGAAAAAGUCCAACGGCGCGAAAUAGAACAAGAGAGUUUCAGUGAAAACGAAAAAGUGCCAAAAUUGUUUACCACAUACAUAUUCAUAAAUAUAAUAAAGAGGCCAAAUUUGGAUAAACAAAUAGCUAAAACACAAAAUCAAAUAUAAUUGAAUGGUCUGAGUGUGUACGGUGAUUCGAAAGUUUAAAAUUAAAAGUGCAUUUCAUCUACUAAAAGAGUGAUUUUCAAAGGAAUAGACAGAAAGUUAAAAUUUGUGAAUAUAUUAAAAAUAUCACUUGACAAGGUACACCUAAAGAUAUAGAAUACUCGUAGAUAUAGUGUUGGUGAUAAUAUUUCACUUCAUGAUUUACAAGUGAUUUGCAAAUUCGAAUAAAAGAGUUGUGAAUAAAUACCAAAAUCAAAAUUACUAAAGAAAAGAAAAAAACACUUUACUAAAAUUAUAGUUCAAAUUAACUAAUCAGCGAUUUCGCUACUCUAAUAAAAAAAAGUUUAUACAUAGUGUAAAAUCCCGCUUGAAACCGGGAAAUAUCCUGAAAACAUCAUCAAGUCAGGGCAACUAGACUAAAGGCAGAUAAAGAAAAUAAUAAUAAAACAUCCUAAGAUCUCGCGUAAAGGCAACCAAAACAAAGACAUGAGGACAAGUUGCCAUAUUCUUUUGCUUUUGCUACUAUCACAUCUCGAUGCCACUUUGGCCGAGGUCUUCGACACACAUCUGCGCGGUCCCGGCUUCGUGAUGGAGCCGCCCGGUCGGGUUGAAUUUUCCAAUUCGUCUGGCGGUUGGCUCGACUGCUCGGCGUCCGGCAGCCCACAGCCCACCAUCGACUGGGUGCACGCGGACGGUACUGCAGUCUCGGAAAUCCACGGCGUGCGACGCGUACUGCGCAACGGCACUUUGGUGCUCUUGCCAUUUCCGGCGGCGGCCUACCACCAGGACGUGCACAAUACGAUUUACCGUUGCAUCGCCAGCAACAAUGUAGGGCGCAUCGUGUCGCGCGACGUGCAAGUGCGUGCCGUUGUUGCGCAGGCAUACAAAGUAGAUGUCGAGGUGCUGUCUGCCGCCCGAGGAUGCACCGCCAUACUGCGCUGUGUCGUGCCGACGUUCGUUAAGGAAUUGGUGCGAGUGGUCUCGUGGGUUCAUGAACCUGCUAUCUACAUCUACCCAUCUCUGCAAGGAGAUGGCAAAUUUCACCUAUUGCCCACCGGAGAGCUGCUCAUUCACAACUUGCAGGAGAGCGAUGAAUCGCAGUCGUUUCGCUGCCGCAGCAUGCACCGUUUGACGCGUCAAGUGGUCGUCAGCUCACCAACCCGUCUCAGGAUAAAUUCUCACCGUGGCAUCAUUUCACCGAGUGUCGUCGAACAUACUUCCCAUGUACAAGUUUCACAAGAUGAGGGUGCUGUUCUGUUAUGCGUAGCUCAGGGAUGUCCAUCGCCGGAGUACAACUGGUACACCCACAACGGUCCCGGCCCAUUGCCUGUGCUUAGCGGCCCACGCGUUCGGCUGCUUGGUCCCAUACUCGCCAUUGAAGCGGUGACAAGCGAGGACUCGGGUGUGUACAAGUGCACCGCCAGCAAUGUGGGCGGGGAGGCGAGCGCUGAGUUGCGUCUCACUGUUGCCACGCCCAUACAAGUCGAGAUCUCGCCGAACAUACUGAGCGUACAUAUGGGCGGCAAUGCGGAGUUUCGCUGCAUUGUGACCAGCAACGGCAGUCCGGUCGGCAUGCAGAAUAUACUUUGGUAUAAAGACGGCCGGCAAUUGCCCUCAUCGGGCCGCAUCGAGGAUACAUUGAUGGUGACGCGCGUAAGCCGUGAAAAUCGCGGUAUGUACCAGUGUGUGGUGCGGCGACCCGAAGGCGACACCUUUCAGGCGACGGCGGAAUUGCAACUAGGAGAUGCGCCGCCAGUGCUGCUUUAUAGCUUUAUCGAACAAACGCUGCAGCCGGGACCGGCUGUGAGCUUGAAGUGCUCGGCAGCCGGAAAUCCAACACCGCAAAUUUCAUGGACACUGGACGGAUUUCCACUCCCAUCAAACGGAAGAUUUAUGAUUGGGCAAUACAUCACUGUCCACGGAGAUGUAAUUAGUCACGUCAACAUAAGCCAUGUUAUGGUGGAAGAUGGCGGCGAGUAUUCCUGCAUCGCGGAGAACCGUGCGGGGAAGGUGCAGCAUGCGGCGCGUUUAAACAUUUAUGGUCUACCUUACAUCCGCCUCAUACCGAAAGUUACUGCCGUGUCGGGUGAAACCCUAAACUUAAAGUGUCCGGUGGCUGGCUACCCCAUCGAAGAGAUACAUUGGGAGCGCAACGGCCGCGAACUGCCAGAUGAUAUCCGACAACGUGUGCAACCGGACGGAUCGCUGACCAUCACACCGGUGCAGAAGAACACCGAUUCGGGCGUGUACACAUGUUGGGCGCGCAACAAGCAGGGCCAUAGUGCGCGGCGCAGUGGCGAAGUCACAGUGAUAGUUCCUCCUAAGUUGAGCCCCUUCCAGACAUCGAUUCUACAGCUAAAUAUGGGCGACCGGGCGUCACUCACCUGCGCGGUGGUGAAAGGUGACUUGCCGCUGACCAUCUCCUGGCGGAAGGACAACAGACCGAUCGAUCCGACGCAGCAUAUGUCCGUGAAGCAAGUGGACCAGUACAACAGUAUAUUGGUCAUAGAAACCCUGGGCUCCGAUCACACCGGCAACUACUCAUGCGUCGUGCGCAAUUCAGCAGCGGAGAUAGAGAACUCUCAAGCGCUGCUGGUCAAUGUGCCGCCACGUUGGAUUGUUGAGCCGGCCGACGCAAAUGUGGAACGCAACCGCCACAUUAUGUUGCAUUGUCAGGCGCAGGGUGUGCCAACGCCUAGCAUUGUUUGGAAGAAGGCUACAGGUAGCAAAUCGGGAGAGUACGAGGAGGUGCGUGAACGACCUUUCACCAAGCUGCUGAGCAAUGGGUCACUGCUUCUGCAACACGUCAAGGAGGACCGUGAGGGCUUCUAUCUAUGCCAAGCCAAUAACGGCAUUGGAACCGGCAUCGGAAAGGUUAUACAAUUAAAAGUUAACUCCUCGCCGUACUUCUCAUCCACUUCGCGCUCGGUUAUGGUGAAAAAAGGUGAUACAGCACUUCUGCAAUGCUCUGUCAGCGGGGACAAACCGAUUAAUAUCGUUUGGAUGCGUUCGGGCAAAAACACACUGAAUCCAUCAACAAAUUACAAAAUUUCGGUGAAACAGGAGGCCAUGCCCGACGGUGUUGCUGCCGAGCUGCAGAUACGGAUGGUGGAUGCCAGCGAUAGUGGACCAUAUUUUUGUCGCGCCAGCAAUCUGUAUGGCAAUGAUCAGCAGUUGGUGCAGCUGCAAGUGCAGGAGCCACCGCAACCACCCACUGUUUUGGAAGCGGCCAUGAUUUCCAGCCGUUCGGUGAAUUUGAAAUGGCAGCCGAAAACAGUGAACACCGCGGAUAUCUCCAAAUAUAUUGUGGAGUUCAAGGAAAUGGACCCGCUCUUUAUUGAGCAGUGGCAGCAUGUCGAAGUGAAAGAUCCACCAACUUACACAGCUCUAAUUGAAAAUUUAAAGCCCGCAACUCGUUACUCCUUUCGAGUGAUAGCUGAGGGAACCGCUGGUCGCAGUGCUCCCAGCCAAGAGUUAGUGGUGCGCACGGAGCCACAACGCCCGGCUGGGCCACCUCUCAAUCUCUCCGUUCGUCCGUUGUCUUCCACAGAGUUGCUUGUCAGUUGGUUGGCGCCGCUGGUCGAAUUGCGUCAUGGCGAUAUACAAGGUUACAAUGUCGGCUACAAAUUGGCCAGUUCGGGCAAUUCAGCUUACAAUUUCACCUCGGUAUCCGGUGACGGCGAUGGCGGCACCGGCGAACUCUUGCUAAGUAGCCUACAGAAAUUUGCGCGCUACAAUGUGGUUGUGCAAGCGUUCAAUCAGGUGGGGCCCGGACCGCUUUCCGAACCGGUGUCGGCGCAAACCAUGGAGGAUGUGCCAAGUCGACCGCCUGAGGAUAUCCGUUGUGCAGCGUUGACCUCGCAAUCGCUGCAAGUUUCCUGGCAACCGCCACCGAUAUAUCACACUAACGGACUAUUACAGGGAUAUAAACUCAUUUUCGAACCCAUUCUAGAUGACUUUUCACUCAACAAGGACGAAGUUGAAUCACGUAAGACAACCGCGCUGACCACGGUGCUGACAGGAUUGCGCAAGUACACCAACUACAGUAUUCAAGUGUUGGCGCACACACGCAUGGGUGACGGUGCUCUGUCCAACCCAUUGUACUGUCACACCGAGGAGGAUGCGCCCGAAGCACCCGCAGACAUUAAGGUGGUCGUUAGCACGCCACAAUCUUUGUAUGUAUCGUGGCUGCCACCAACAGAGCCGAAUGGGGUCAUCACAAAAUUCAACUUGUAUAUGCGUGUGGUAAAUGGACGAGAGGAAUUGAACAACGAAAAACGAAGUCUGCCGUCGCAACAAGUGCACUUUGAAGCGAAGAAUCUACACCCGCACAUCGAGUAUCAGUUUUGGGUGACCGCAUCUACGCGUGUCGGAGAAGGCAAGAGCUCACGUGUUGCAUCGCAAAUCACAACUAAUCGUGUGCCUGCGCGCAUUGUCUCAUUCGGCGGCCCGAUAGUGCGGCCAUGGCGUUCAACAGUCACAUUGCCCUGCACGGCAGUUGGUAAGCCGAAGCGCGAGUGGUACAAAGCGGAAACGCCACUGCGGCAAGGCGGUAUGCACAAUUCACAGUUACUCGACUCAGGUGACCUGAUCAUUUCGAGUUUACAAAUUUCGGAUAGUGGCAACUACAGUUGUCAAGUGGACAAUGGCAUCGGCACAGACCGUCUCACGCACGUGCUGCUUGUGCAGGUGCCGCCGUCGGCGCCGGUGCUUUAUGUGACCAGCGCAACUUCAAGCAGUAUUCUGAUGCACUGGAAGUGCGGAUUCACUGGCAAUGCACCCAUCACUGGCUAUACUCUCUUCUAUCGCCGCGCCAACAGCAAUAUGGAUGAGAUGCUUCUGUCGCGCCACGCGUCAAGCCACGAGCUGAAAGGGCUGGUUUGUGGUAGCACUUAUCAAAUUCAUUUGACUGCUCACAAUAAAGUGGGCACCUCACCGGCCAGCAUAACUUUACACGUGCGCACACAAGGUCAGUCACCUGGUAUGCCUUCGACAACCAGCUUGAUUGCGCCCAACUCCACUUCGGUAUUGGUGCGGUUGCACACUUGGCCAGAUAAUGGUUGUCCCAUUCUGUACUUCGUCCUACAAUAUCGUCCGGUUACUGAUGAGGCAGAGCGCGAUUGGAUACUAGUAUCCAAUGCACUGAAACCGCAACGUCGUUUCACCAUUUCCGGUCUGCAACCAUCGACUCUCUACCAGCUACGCAUGGAGGCGCACAAUGUGGCCGGUGUAUCACAGGCCGAGUUUACAUUUGUCACUCUCACCAAGGACGGGGAGCAGCCACCGCCGGAGAUUGUACAGCGCGGCCAACGCGGCUCGAACGUUUUCUAUGGCAAUGUGAAUCUAUUGAUACCGAGCAUCGCCACGUUGUCUGGCAUGAUUUGCACAAUUGCGCUGGUGGUCAUGUGCUAUCGACACAAGCAAGGUAACCGAAUACAAAAGGAAUCACUGGAAAAUCGGCAGAACUCAGAGGCAGCGCAGCGGGAACGCUAUUAUGCCACCAUUCAUAAAGUGUCGAUGCAGAAUAAUGACAAAAUACCCGAGACAUCCGAGGAUAUUUCACCGUAUGCUACAUUUCAAUUAUCCGAGACGGGAAACAUGUCACAGCCACAUCACGCCGGCCCGGCUAAUACGCUUUUGCACUCUUUCAUGUACCAUGAGCGAGCUCUGACCGAGGGCUGCUCGUCACCACCACCCGCAGCGUCCUCGAAGAACCGGCGACGCCACUCGCGCAAAACGGAACCAGAGAGCGAAGAGUCCGAAUCAGAUCAGGAUCAAUUGACCUCAAGCCGUACAGAGUCUUCCAAUCAGCACGAGGGAAAAAUCAAGCACAGUAUCAUCUACCAUGGAGCACAAUCAAGCACAUCCUCAGAUCUCUCACCAAUGUCCGAACAAAAGUCAUUGCCACGCCGCGGUCGCUCAAGGUACCAUCAUCAACAAUAUCAGUUUUCCACAAAUACCACACCGCGCCAUCAUAACAGUAGCAAAAACAACAACAUGAACACCACAUCCGGCAACAAUUCCAAGAUACUAUCACCGCGCGGUGUUUGUGGUAGUGCUAGUGGUGGUGGUGGUGUUAGUAUUAGUGGUAGUGGUGGUGGUGGUGGUAAUCUGAAAUCAAUCUCAAGCACAUUUAAAUCACAAGACUCCAUACAGUGUCAUAUACCCACGUUGGUGAAGUCACCGUCGGUAACACAGCAACAACAUCAGCAACAACUACAAAAACAUCAACAUCAACUACAAAAAACCAAUGUCACCACCAAUGCAACCACAAAUAGUUUUAAUAGUACUAACAGCAGUAGUUGUAGUAGUAGCAUCGCCACCUCCAAUAAAAACAAACUAUCACAGCAACCCCUUUUGAUCACCCCCAAAAUAGCACAUCACCCACAACAUCACAACUUGAUCGGCGCCCCACACCCCACAACUCAACUCAGUCAAUCCGAUACAACGACCGACCUACUAGACAGUAGUUGUAACAACCCCAUUGCAUCUCUUGGCCCCGUCACUUGCAUGCCAUCAUCACAGUUCCGACCAAUACCCCACAAAACGGUACCCGCAUCAGUGGCGAAUGCCAGUGUUAGCGGAGAAAGUGUAGGAACCAUUCUUAACCCCUCCACCGCUCCCCUCUCUUCCAAGUUCUUUUCGGCAACCACGCUGCCCAAAUAGGAUACGGCCAAUGGCGGUAGUCUGGACCUCGACGGCGGCAGCUUGAUGAGUAGUUUCGGCUAUGAUAGCGAAAUAUCCUGCACCUAUAUGGACCCUAUUGACCAAACAUGAGAUUAGUUAAUGCUGGGCUUGGAGAGUCCAGACAUGGUGGAGGGCAUAGAGAGCGCGCAACUAAAAGUGGAAUUGUAUUAAAUCCAAGGCAUGGUCAUCCAUCUGUACGCUUGUAAGACGGUGUAGUGUAGCUAGAAAUUCAUUGGGGUAAACAUGCUGGGAAGGUAUUACAUAAUCUACUAAAAUUAUAAAACAUCAAAAAAAGAAGAACUUUUCGAAAUCUAAAUGUCUUUUCUGAAUGGGGCGCUUGGGGCAAUUUGAAAAAACCUAUGAAAUUUUGAAAUUUACUUUUUUAUUUUAAAAUUCUUUUCACUGAAAAUGUUUUCGAUCGAGAAAUUGAAUGCCUUGGGUUCGCAUUGUAUUAGCUUAUAUAGAGAGGAGUGACAAAAUGACUCGCCCGCAACGAGUCAGAAAAUAACGUGAUUUCUAACAUCAAAAUUUGGAAUAUCUCCAAAGGAAAACGGACUUUCAAUUUUACUCUAAUCUUCUUAUAUUUCUUACAUAUUUAUCCAUAUUAUAAAUAUCGAAAUAAUCUUAUUCAGGAACAUUUGAAAGUUGUGAGAUCUUUAAAAAAACUCUUGAAAGUUUUCAACAAAUUGCAAAUAUACCCUCUAUAAAUGGAUAUUUUUUUAAGUAAUACCACAUAUUUAUGAAAUCCUUACUGUUCAUUGAUUUUUACUUGCAAGCGUUUGUGUUGCUGGACCUUUUUUCUGGGAAAUAUGAAGUUUCUUUUUGCGUAUGUGCAUAUUUAUUUGUGAAAUUUCAAAACAUUUCGAGAUAUUCUGUAUUGCGAGAAUUAAAAAUACAAAAUAUGGGAAAUAAUCAACAACAACUAUUAGACAUAUUCAAAUACAGUCAUUAGAAUUAGAAAUCUAUUAAGGGAGCUCUAAAUAAAAGUCUUAAUCCAGUAGUAAAUGAAUAUCAAUACAUCCUAGCAGUGAAGUGAACUAGAUCAAGUGUUGCACAUACAACCAAUAUGGACGACGAGCCCAACUAGACCGCCAAAGAGUAUAUUCAAUUUGUUUUGUCGCCUUUGGCUCUUUAAAAUAAUUAAAUGCUUGAAAAAUUGCAUCAUUCAGGCGACUAAGUGAAUAGUUUCCAAAGUGAGCCAGUUUCAAGAAAAAAAUGCUGGCUUAGAAUCAUUCAAAAAACUGAAAAGAGUAAAUUAGAUUAGUAGAAAUAAUUAAUGAAACUUUUCCUACUAGUUGUACUUUGGGUUCUCUUCGGGCUAGUACCUUUUCAGUCUGGAAACUCUAGUUUCAGACUAGUUUAAGGCUUCACUGCAGGAACGUUACUGAGUAGGAACACUGACAUACAUACACAUAUACACGCACUUAUAAACAUUCUUAUACGCAUAUGUAACUUUGCUUGCUGCAUGAGACCGAACGUAAUAUGUAUUCCCCUCAAAUCUUCCACCUUAAAAAACAUGCACUAACCAACAACAAACAACAACAAUAACAACGAUAAAUGAUAAUAAUUGCAACAACCACAACAACUGAGCAGAGCUGGAGGUAUACGCACCCUGCAUCCGUUGCAGCUGCAGGCUGAAUGCACCGUAAUACCCAGCAGCGGAUUCCAUCAACUGCCCGUCGAGACCGAGCGCAUCGAGCUGUCCGAGGUGGAGUGUGAUGUGGACACUCUGAAGAAACUGAAAUUGGGUAUGCGCUCGACGUUGUGGUCGAGGCCGUCGUCGACCACUUCACAGCUGCAGCUAAAACAACAGCAACAGCAGGAGACGCGCUGCGUGCAACAACCAUCGCAAAAGACCCAACAACCAGCUCAGCCGGUACAACAGCAGCAACAACCACAACAGUCACGACAACAACACUCGCCGGCACCAGCCCAACAAAAAUUGCUGAGUGAGAAGUCCGAUUACUCGAUAUCCGUGUGAGAUUAGAAGUUGCAGCAGUUUUAAGGUUGUGGUACACAAAGUGGCCACACGCCACACAUAAAAGGGUUUGCUGCUCCAUUAACGGUAAAUUGAUUAAUUUACUGAAAAUGUGUGACAAAUAUCGGUGUUUGAUGAAUUUUUCUUGCCGGCCACUUUAUCCUGACCGGAGGGGGUCUCGAACGAGGUAUAACUAUCUGUAGUGAAUGAGAAUGUUGAUGUUGUUGUUUUACAUAAAUACAUAGAUAUGUCAUCUCCUACGAACUUCCCACGCGCUAAGAGAACCCCAUUUGUAUCAACCUUUGACUCCCACGAAAUUGCCACCCCCUCUCUUUUUCUCUCUGGAAACUCAACUUCACACGCCCACAAUGGAAUACAGAUGAAUUUAAACUUUCGGACAAUCAAUCAAAAUUUCUACAAGACUUAAAAUAAUAUAUACACACACUAGACACUCAUACACACACACACGCAAACAUUUUACCCAUUUUUGGUGAUGCCGCAUGUAAAAAUCAUUCCCACAUCCCUGAAUGCUUAACCAAACUCUCAACCACACCCUCCCCACCACCUACCCAGCGUUCAGUUACUCUUUGUAUGUGUUGGAUAACAUGAUAGUCAGUAAGAACAAAAUCAACUUAAGGUUGUAUGUGCGAGGUUUUAUAUAAAUACCUUCUUGUAUGUCCGACAAAGUUAAAGGUAAGUCAUCAUAACUGUUUAAGAUUAUGGAAGAUACCAAAGAGGAUCAAAUGGAACGAAAUUAUAGAAAUCAAAGUGUAAAUAUCCGUUAAUUGUAUAUAUGUAUGCGAAUUCAUAUUAGUAUAAUUUACUAAUGCAGCGAAGAGUUGGCCUCAAGAUUUCUCCGUACUUGUAUUAAUAUUCCGGAUCAUAAGGUUGUUUAAAGCUAGAAGGCAUUCGCUGCUAAAACACUUAGAUCCUUCCCUCUCUCGAAGCCAACUGCUCGCGGCCAUUUACUUAUGUGUUUGUCAGAAGGUAUGCUUUUAAAAACUUAACUGUUUAUAUUUGUAUUUAUAAAUAUGUAUAGAUUUAGAGGUUAAGUAAUGAGAUUUUAAUAAGAGAAUAUGUUUGUAAUAAUUUGUAUACUGACUGAUGUUACAAAAGUAAGUUAUUGACAUACAAUACGAUUAACUAAAUGCGCCAGUAAUAAUUCUUGAAGAACAGGACGUAUUGUGGUGUUUGCCACUAUCUUACUGUAACAAACUACUAUUUACCGAAUAUGAAGUAAUACUUAAUACUCAUAUUUUUACCAGUCGAAAUUCAGGCAACAACUACUCGUAACAAGUUAAACAAUUUUCAAUAUGAUGAUUUAUGGGAAUUCGGAGAACUACUAGGGUCCUCAUUUACAUAUAUUUUGUAUUUAUUUUGAUAAUAAAUAUUUAUGGAAUGUGGAGCCAUAUAUUCAGUAUGUACAAAAUAUUGUAGAUAAAUAUAAAAAGUAAUAAUAACAUAUUGUUAAUGGAAAAGAGUUUUAAAUUUUGAGCGCAAGCUGAAAAUGAGACAUGAGAAAUGAUUAACAGAAUUGCAUUUAUUUAUAACAGUAUUCACACAAGCAAUGUUUAUACUUAAAUAUUUGAAGAACCUCAAGUUUCGAAAUUCUUAAAACAAAAAACCUUUUUAUAGAGCAAAUCAAACUUGUAUAAUGCUGGGAAAAAGAGCAGCAUUAUGACAAUUUAAUAUGCGAUACAAUUGAGAACGAUCACUCCGAAAAAAAAAAAAGUACAUAAA